AUGCUUCUUCGAUUGGUUUUCCUUGUUGGAUUUGUUGCGGCAGCGGCGACAAGAUCGUCGAAAUUGGUAUUUUUGAAUGAGGAAAAUUGGACAGAUAUUAUGAAAGGGGAAUGGAUGAUUGAAUUGUGAGUUGAUUUUGUUUUUGAUAAAAGGAAAGCUCAGGAGAGAUGGAUGAAGAUCACAACAUUUCAACAAUCGUAUCUGAUCUUUGACAAGAGUACAAAAAUGGCAGGCCACUUUGAUUUUGGAGAACACUUUUCGGCCGUGUAGAUUUUAUAAUUCAAAAAAAUGCUGAUUUUCUAAAGCAUGAUUCCGAUCUACAACUUCAGAAAUUCAAAAUAAUAAAAUUACACAAAAAGGUUACAGUAAAACUUCAAACUUCCAAAGUCCGGAAUCUAAAGUAAUUCAAAUGAAGGUCCGGCAAGUAACUAGACACAUGUGGAACUUUUUUCUUCGGAUUUUUGAAAGGAAAAAAAAGUCCACCUAGGUAUUUUUACGUUAUUUUCGGCAACUCUAAAUUCUAAAAAUCGAAGCUUUUUCCCCCAACUUUCUCAAACCCCUUUUUCUGAUUGAAUUCAAUGAGAUCAAUUAAGUAAAUUGUCAAAAGAAAUUAUUUCAUCCGGUCAUCAGAUGUUUUCUUUCGGUUUUUUCCACAAUAACAAAAAGUAUACACAUCCCCAGCUAAUACAAUAAGUACAUCGGAAUUCUUCACAUUUUUGAUGAAUGUACUUUUUCUAACGAAAAUAAAUGAAUACAUCUUUUUUUUUCAGCCACGCACCUUGGUGCCCAGCAUGUAAAGAUUUGCAAAAAUCAUGGAACUCAUUUGCUGACUGGUCUGAUGAUUUGGGAAUCAAAGUUGGAGAAGUUGAUGUGACUGUUAAUCCAGGACUUUCUGGAAGAUUCUUGGUUACCGCUUUGCCAACAAUUUAUCAGUAAGUUUUCAUGAAAUUUCGGAAAAUCAAAAAUUGAAAAUGGAACAUUUUCAGCGUGAAAGAUGGUGUUUUCCGUCAAUACAGCGGUGCUCGUGAUAAGAAUGACUUCAUUUCAUUCGUCGAAGACAAGAAAUACCGUGUUAUCGAUCCAGUUCCAGACUACAAACAUCCAAACUCCAAACAAAUGGCUGUUGUCGCCGUUUUCUUCAAACUUUCAAUGGCUGUUCGUGAUUUCCACAAUCACUUGGUUGAAGAAAAAGGUGUCCCAUCAUGGGCAAGUUAUGGUCUUUUUGCUGGUGUUACUUUGGCUCUUGGAUGUGUUUUGGGAUUCUUUAUUGUAAUUAUUAUUGACCAAGUAUUCCCAACUGGACCUAAAAAGGGACAACAACAGAAACAAACAGCAGCAAAGAAGACUGAAAAUAAGAAAAGUGGUUAGUUUUUAGAGGAAUACGAUAUUACUUCCUCAAUAUGGCCUAGAAAACCAAUUAUAUUUUAUUUCAGAAUCACCAGAUGCCAAGAAAAAUGGAAAUAACAACAACGCCAAGGAAAACAAAAAACAGAAAUAA